CAAAGAAACGAUCAGAAAAGGCAUUGCUGUGACUCAAAGGAAGACAGCGAGUUGGUUUUCUCUCUGAUUGUAUGUGUUAUCGUAACGAUGGCGAUGUCUACGUUUCAGAAGGUGACACUGGUCUCCUGUCUCGUUCUGUGUAUUUCCCUGCUCCUUCCCAAAAUGCUUUUAUCCAGGGGGAAGAAGGAAGCAGGACAGCAGGAGGCAGGGUUAGGUCGAUUUCCUCCCACGAUGCACCGCCAAAAGAUGUCCUUCCCCAAGUCCCACAACACAGAGGCUGUGGCCAAGGCAAAGGGGGGCAGUGGAGGAGGAGGAGGAGGAGGGACGGGAAGGGGGAGAACCAGUUUCAUGGCACAGAUCAUACCAGUAUAUGGCUUUGGAAUCCUCUUAUACAUCCUAUACAUCCUCUUCAAGAUUACCUCCAAGGGCACCAAACCUGAUCAGAGAUUCCCUGCUUUAAAUAACAGAAACACGAAAACGAAAAUCACAAAUUAUGAACUCGCCCAGCUUCAGGAGAAACUGAAGGAGACAGAGGCGGAGAUGGAGACGAUCGUCUCCAAAGUGGAACGCAAUCCGAACAAGAUUAAAAGUGUCACUUCAGAGCACGAAGAAAAAUUACUCCAGCAGCUAAAGGAAAUCACUCGGGCGAUGCAGGAGGGAAAGCUCAUAGAGGGAAUCUCCCCCGAGGAGGAAGCUGAGGAAGGCCCAUACAUGGAGGAUUGGGAAGGUUAUCCUGAGGAAACCUUCCCUGUCUAUGACGAACCAACCUGCUGCAGACACAAGCACGACACAAUUGUGGUGGAUCGCUUCGACCAGGAUCAACCAACCGCCGAAGAGUUAGCUGAAAGAGUGGGGGAAAUAGAAACCAUGUCCCAGGAGGAAGAGACUGCAGGUCAGGAUAUUGAUGGGAAGAGAGAAAGUGGUAAACGAACCAGCUUCUGUGAACAAAGAGCUGUCUCCCAUUAUGAUAAAGGUGAAGAACAAGAGGAUUAUAGCGAGUGUGAAGAGGAAGACCCAGCAAUCAUAGCCGAGAAUAUUGGCUUCACCUGCGGCAGCUUUAGUGAUGAGGAGGAGCUGUGCAGGGACCUCUAUGACGCAGAGGACACUGUUGAUAAGAACAACAAAGAAAUCGAAACUGCAAGAGAGGAGCCGUUUGGAAUGGUCAGAAAGCGCAACAGGAAAGGAAUGCAGUGAAUGGGGUUCGAACAGGAUAACCUAAAACGUAUCCAUAGUACAUGAUUCAUUCUUUUUUCAGUCUCAAAAUAAUACAUGUUUAAAGGAGUGCUGGCCAAAGUUUGAAAAUCCAUUUUCUUACCUCUUAUUAGUGCUAGAAAUAUUCCCACUGCCGCUUGUCCUCUUCUGUUGAAGUUCUUUUGGUGCUUUGCUUGUCUUUCAUAUUCAGACAUUUCAAGACAAUGAUAUGUUUGAGUUUAAUUAAUUUAAAUGGUGACCUACAGGUAGGGUACGAGAAUGCAGCUGCUUAUCUCUGGCAUUGGUUAGCAAUGCGUUAAGUCUCAGCGUGAGAGAUGCAUAGGAAAUGCACAUAGCUUCAUACAGCUUCUUUUUUCAUGCAACACUAAGCUUUUUCUUUAGUUGAACUGACAGCGCAGUCCCACAUGAAGUAAGACAGAAAGAAUGCACAGUCUUCAAACAAGAGAAAGGAUGUGUCUUUUUAACAUGUUAUGCUGCUGACUUACAGCCUUCACAUUAGUUCCAGUUACAGUGAUGCAGCCAUUUCUUCCCUCCUCAUACUUCACACCUUUUCACUAUUAAAUACAAGUGAAGUGCCCUCCCACUAGGGCUGUCAGUUAAGUCUCCAAAUAGCAAUCGAUUAAUUGAUUUACUUACCACAACAUGCACACCCGCUAUAGGUCAAGAUGAUUGUUACUCUAAAAUUGUGUUUAACAUCACUGAUUAUUUAUUUAUUUAUUUAUUUAAAGUUAUUGAAUAUUGUUACAUAUCCAUUAUAUAACAGUUCAUUUUGAAGCGCUGCUUGCCAGGAAUACAAGCCUGUUGUCUGAUCUGGAUCCAAGGCUGCACGUUUUUUUUUUCGUUUUUUUACAUCGAAUACUCGUACUUACAAAGCAUUUUCAAAACUGAUUCGCUGGAAG